AUGGCCGACGAGAAACUUGCUGCAGCCGAGAAAAUAGAGUAUUCUAUUGCUUGUGGUAUGAAAGAACUAUCAUUAGCUCAGCUGAAACAAAGGCAACGUGAAGCAUUGAGUGCUUUCCUUAGUGGCCAUGACGUAAUGGUAAAUCUGCCUACAGGAUACGGGAAGUCUGCAGUUUAUCAACUCGCACCAUUCUGCUAUGAUAUUUUCCAUAACCGUACCAAAUCAGUAGCUCUUGUCAUCUCACCUUUAGUCGCAUUGAUGAAAGACCAAGUGCAGGUUUUAUAUGGAAAAAAUAUUGAGGCGGUAUAUUUGUCAGAGGUUGGCGUUUCCGGGUUAAGAGAUCGACUUAAAAAUGGAAAUUUGAGGGUCGUCUUUGCUAGUCCCGAAUCCGUCCUGGAAAAUCAAUCUGUUAGAGAACUUUUUCAGAAUAGAUGUUACAGAGAGUUGAUAUGUGAUGUAUUCAUUGAUGAAGCACACUGUGUAGCUAAGUGGGGUUUAGGUGACAAGAAAGUUUUCAGAAUAUGGUAUGGCAGACUAUCUGAGCUGAGGUCAUUACUACCAAAAGACAUUCAUAUGGUUGCUCUAACAGCUACUGCUACAAGUUCUAUACAGAAAAUAAUUAUUGAAUAA